AUGGAGGACAGCGGCCAGCUCGGCCGCCACACCUGGCACGCUGGCCGAUUCCGACGUGGCGCAAUAUUCUCUGAGGACAACAGCGACGAUGUCCAGGUCGGCUCAUCUCGCUUUGACGCUGCAAUGGAAGCACCAUUUGAACAUUGGUCAAGCGCGAUCGAUCUGAGAGGCGGACUAGGCCCGGACGAUCCUUUUGAAAUGAGUAACAAGGUUCUGAGCACCUCUGCACCGACGUCUUCGGCGCUGAUGCCAUCGACUGGCCGAAGCUCAGAAUCGUUGUCGUCCUCAUCCAGCGAUAUCGUCGGUGCGACACAGACUGCCACGACAAGCAAGACGUCUACUCGAGCCUGCACUCCGAGGCGAAGAAAGCAGGAACAAGAGAAGAGCCAACGCUACAACGCUCGAGUUCAGAAGCAGCGGAAAAUCAUCGCAGGGUUGUUUGAAGAGCUGCAAACGACGCUUAGCAGGGCGCUUGACAGCUCCGAAGUGCAGCACUCCCUCUUUGCUCUCGAGCUCAAGCAAGCGCUCGCCCAUCGUCGCCCCGCUCCUACGAUCGACAGCUCAGCCAAGGGCACACCGAGGACAGACAAUGAGCGGAAGCGAACAAAUAAGCUCGUUCAUCGGUGCAAUGAGCUCGAGAAGCUCGAAUGCGUCUCACUUCUUGCGGGUGCUCUGCUGUCGCGAUGUGACGACGCGAGCAGGAUCUUCGAGUGCCAGGUUGACGCCAACAAUCUGGCAGAGGAAAUGGUGCGUUGGUCACUAGUCGAAGUCUUCCGAUCUUGGAACAAGGAAUGGCUCGAUCUCGAGGCCAUGAUCGAGAGAACCAGGGGAGAGGUCAUGUACAUCAAGGGCGAUCCGCUUCUCAGGCUCCUCCAAUGCCCGGUGCCCCGAUAG